UCUGAGGUCCAGGUGGUCGAGUCUGCGUAAAAACGCACCAACCACACGCAAAAAAACACUUGCGAAAUAGCGAGCGUCAUUAAAAGGAAAAGAAAAAAGGGAAAAGCUCGACCCCUUCAGCUCCUGGCACCUCUCUGAAUGAAUAAGCUGUUUUGAGAGAGAAAGCCUCCUGGAUUUGCCGCUGCGCAAAUAAACCAAAAGAGCGGAACGCGCGUCGGCGGUGCGUCGCUGAGAUCUCUCCAGAAAAAAACACAGGACAGUUCAGGGUAAACUGAAGAAUUUUUUGGCCAAAGAAGGCAACUUUUUCCAAAAAGGUCAAGACGGCUUGUUUCGGCGACAAGCGGAGAUAUGUUCAAGAAAAGCAAGAGUAAAGUGCUGGUGGAUUAUGCGUCAGAGGAAGACGACAUGUCCUGGCACUAUCACCACUCCUACAAGGACAAAGACAUAGAAGGAGAGGAAGAGGAGGAGGAGGCUGCCACUACAGUAUCCAAGGAGGCCAAGGUGAAGAAGAUCAUGUCCAAGAAGGAGAGGAAGGAGAAGAAGAUGUUCUCUUCCAAGGAUGACGAGCACUUCUUGUUGACCGGGGUGAAGCUGGCGGACCGCAGAGGUUCCCACAAGAAAAUCAAGGAUGACGAGAAGGAGAAGGAAAAGAAGGACAAGCCGGAGAAGGGCCUCUGCUUCUGGGAGAGUGUGACCAUGACGAUGAGGCAGAUCUCGCCCACCAAGAAACUGGAGAAGAUGGAGGGCUGGGAGCCGCCUCGCCUGGAGAACUUAACCGAGACUGGGACCGAAGGAGCCCCAGAGGACAAGAGCCAGAACGGGGACUCGCCGGUGUCCUUCCCUGACUCCCUAGGCCUCCCGUUGGAACUGGCUUCCUGGGAGGGCCUGGGUCUUGAGGAGGACUCCUCCCGCUACGCUAACCUGUCGGACUCCAAGGACGCAGUCAGGUGGACGUCCCGCGCCAAAGUCAAACUGGCCGGCAUCAGCAGGAUGAGCAGAGGGAUUGUGUCAGAGAGCGCUUGGGAAGGGUUCAAAUAGUAGAAAUUUGACCUUUUCUUUGAAUAAAGAGGAUGAAGACCUGAACCAAAUAUCUGCUUGUCACUGUCGUCUAGUUCUGGACGAAAACCGAUCUUGUCGUCAACUGGUAUUGAGUGAGACAAUGUAGUCAAGCCCUGAACACAACAGAUGAAGUUUGUCCUUAUUAUUAUUUUAGCCUUGAAGACAAUAUGUGUCCAUUUUUAUCAAAGGGCUGUUUCUGGCAGGAAAUUUGCAACAUAUAAAAAGCCUUAAACUACUGUACCAUUUUAACUGUGAUGUCCACUGGCCUGGCAUUUAGAUCGAUUGUAUAUUGCCAAGAAAUUAGAGGAGUGAUUUUGAAAUGAUAUGAUUAAAAGAAUCAAUGAAGAAUAUGCAAACCUGCUGCCGAAGACUUGACGUCGGUUUUUCCACUUCCUUUCUGUCUACGCAGUUACAGCAUGUGGGUGAAGAGUGCGAAACCGUCAUUUAGACAUCACGAAUGGGCCUCAAAUCUGUGCAAUCGUUUGUGUGUGUGUGUGUGUGUGUGUGUGUGUGUGUGUGAGGUAAAAGAAAGCGAGUUUGUGGAUGGUCAUGACUGCUUAUGCUUGUUGUGUUGUCGGGAGAACGUGGGGGGUGAUAAAUUGCGCAAAGAAUGAAAAUAAAUGCUACCCCCACAGUGUCAUAGACAGAUAUAGACGCUUAAAUCUAACGCUGAACAAUAUUUACAAAAACGUGUGAUGAUGAAAAGAUGAAAUCCAAACCCUGUUUAUACCUGUGCGUGACUCUGUGCACCUGUGAAGUGCCUUGUAUCGAAAGAGUGACAUCAUGUGUUUGCUGUCAAUUUGAACUAGUCCAAAUCACAAACCUGUCCAAGCAGGUGCAGGUGAGUCAACCCAGCAUGCACCUGUGCUGCAACCAGCGAUUGUGACAUCUCCGGGUUUCCAGUUACAAACCCCGUGUCCCCGGAUGUCGGUCGAUUCUUAAAUGCAUCUUUUUUAUUUUUCAGGACUGAAACAAUGAAAAGUAAUGUAAAUUCUACGAUGAUUGUUCUUUUAGGUGAAUGCAAAAAAAAAUUCACUGGUCUUUGCUUCUGUUUUUUUUUUGUUUUGUUUUAACCUGGAUUUUGUUUGACACUGAAGUGUGCUUCACUGCAGCCGGGAGUGUACACGGAUACAGGGGUGCCUGUAUCCUGUAUUUAUUCACUAAAAGGCUGGGUCAUAUUUUCUCAAGCAAAAUAAAGAUUUAGUUUGACUGUC